AUGGGAUCGAUCACCGUUACCGCCGAAGCGCUCAGCAGUAUCCGCUCGUUGUAUGACGUCAAACGUCGUGGGACUGAGCUACAAAUCGCACAAAUCGAGCAGAUAAUGUCUUUUCUCCCGCGAAAACGGAGACCUAAAGGAACCGGACCCAGAGCCACCAAGAAUACCGGGAAAACUUUGUACAGAUGUGAUCAAUGCGAGUACGAAACUUCUUGGCCCUCCUGGCUGCGAACUCACAAGCGAGUCCACACCGGCGAACGACCCUUCAAGUGUCAUUUGUGCUCGUACAGCUCUUCCCAGAGUUCCAAUCUUCAGCAGCAUUUGAAAAGACACUCGGACGAGAGACCUUUCAAGUGCAAUUUAUGCGAGUACAGUUGCAAACGGGGUCAUCAGCUGAACACCCACCGCAGAACGCAUAUUCCGAGAGAUAUCCUCCUGAAUAUGCCGGCAAGCAGCCCGAUGAACAACCUGGAUUACGCUCUGGGCUUGGAUUCGGGUUUUCCCGGUGUCUCCGUACCGGAAUACCCCGUCGUCCCCUCCAGCGGAGGACCUCUCGCGUUGGCAGCGGCCGCGGCCGUAGCUUCGUCCAAUGCGAGCAUUCAGAAUUCCACGAUGGAGACAUUCAUGGAGCACUGGAAAGGCUUGAACGACAUGGAACUCCGGAAUUCCGCUGCAAACGAAGAGAACUUCCAAGUGAGAACAAAAUCGGACGACGAAAGCUCCGACGACGGAACCGGGAGCAGUCCAGGCCGACUUCAGAUCGAUGAGCCAUCGAUUAGCUAA